AAAAAGGGCGCAUUUUUGUUGUGAUGCCAUGCAACAUCUGGUCGUUGACUCGUGCUCUUUGAUAGCUCUGCAGAUUCUGCUCCCUGGAUAAGUGAAGAGCUGCCUGUAAAGUGUUCAUCAUGACGACACGUAGACCCAAUCAGAGCUUGAAGGCAACGAUCUUUAUAGCGAUCCUGUGCGUCUCUUCUGGUGACGUCAUUCCUGGCAGGAAGUUUUUGCGCGUAUACAGAUGCGCCCAAACAAAAGUGGGGCAGCUCCGGCGGAGUGCACCAUCUCAGUGAAUACAUCCGAGUGAGGACGCAAAGCAUUAAAUCAGGAUAACUUGAGACGGCGCUACAUGGCCAACAUGCUUUCGUGGACGAUCAAGAGUGGAAAGGGUGCGUUGCUAGCGGCACUUUUUCUCAUCAUGUGUGGAAGUGGUGGCUCCACUAACGGAUCCGGAAGUGGAAGUUUGUCGGGUAGCAGUGGAAGUGAUACCGGCAGCACCAACAACAGCAAAAUAUCCGUAGAGGUCGUACUUGGUGCAGGUGGAAAUCCCGGCAACGGAGGGACCGCAGGUAUCCCCGGCAUCGGAGGCAGUGUACCAGGACUCGGAAGUAUUGGAAGUGGUGGAGCAGGAAGCGUCCCAGGAAGUGGAGGCAGCGUCUCGGGAUCAGGAAUUCCUCCCGGUGGCGCCGGAAGCGUGCAGGGACUCGGUAGUGUACCAGGACUAGGAAGUAUUGGAAGCGGUGGAGCAGGAACAGGAGCGAUACAACCGGGCGUUGGAUCUGGCGGUCUCGGAAGUCCCACCGGUGGCCUGCCAGGUGGCGGAGCAGGCGGAGGUGUUCCAGGUGUUGGAAUUCCGUCGGGAUCCGGAACAGGAGUGGGCAGCGAUGGAAGCGGAACCACAGAUGCCAACCAGGUCAAAGUCGUCCUGACAGUUAAGGGUGAUGACAGUAACGGUGGAGUGAGCGGGUGAAUGGGGCUUGACAGGAGUGUGCCAUGGUGGUAAAUACGUUUCAGUAGAGAAUAUAGAUUGUUUGGAGGGAGUCGAAGGGCUUGAUAGAUAAGCGACGCUGCUGGAUCACUGUAAUGCUCUAGCUAACCUGCACCGGCCUACUUAGGCGAAUACUUGUACGCGGUUGAAGUCAAUAUACGCACGUUGUUGCCACCAUGUUGAAAAGAUGCUGGCGUUCUUGUAGUCUUUUGUCACAUUGAACGAAUAAAAAUGAAUAUGUAGUAAACGUU